UUUGUUCUCUUUGCGACGAUCAACUUCUCAACACAGGUCUUGGAAGUGCCCCAGAUCCGGUUGUUCGAAUCUACGAUAUGCGAAAGAUUCUACCGUAUGGAAGAGGCACUGGCCUUCGAUAGCAUCGACGAAACAAUGUGUAAAGUGCCGCAAGUUCAAGCGCGCCUUGCAACCAUUGUAGGCUGGAAGGCGGCGCUCGAUGCACUUCCUGGUCUGGUUGGCGCACUUCCUUACGGCUCACUUUCAAACUCACGUGGACGAAGACUCGUAUUGUGGUUACCUUCACUCGGGUACAUUCUCCAGCUGAUGUGGAUCGUACUGGUCUGCAAAUUCAGCCACAUCUUCCCGACAGAGACAGUCUUGGUAUCGAGUGGUUUUCUCCUUAUCGGAGGCGGUCAACGAGUUUUCGAGUCUAUGAUACAGACGAUCAUAGCAGAAACUUCGAGCCAGGAUUGUUGGACAAGGUACAUGUCCUUUCUCGGCGCUAUACUCCACAUCGGAAAGCUAUCAGUACCUCGUAUCACUGCAGGACUCAUGGGAAGGAGCCUUUGGGCGCCCUUCUGCAUCGCCUCCCUUUUGGUAUCUAGCAGCGCCUUUCUCUCCAUGUGGGUGCCCGAUCGCCGAUCGUCGACGGAAAGACACAACCAUAACCUCUCUAGCCCUAGAGACCAAUGCACAGCAAACGAGACGUCGAAUGUCAUUUCAGGAAAUGAUGCACACAUGGUCUCAUCGGCAGGUUCCAGAGCUGGGCCGUCCAACACAGCCUUUCGCCAAAUCCUGCGGCUCAUACAAAAUGGCCUAUCAGAAAUCCGUCUCCUCCUUCGAUCAAAAAGCCUGCGAUUUUGUUUUUCAGCAUUUCUUCUCAAGCGUAUUGGCUUUAAGAGUGAAACGUUUAUGUUUCAAUACGUAUCAGAAAAAUUCCACUGGAGCCUCAGGAUGACUACAUGGUUGACGGUCACAAACGCUAUGGGCGCCGUUUUUGUUACCUUGAUCGUGCUUCCUGUUGCGGUCUCCAUCGGUGCUAGUCACGGAUUUCGCAGUGACCGGGUAGAGCUCUUAGCAGUCCGAACAUCACUCUUGAUCUUGACGUCUUCUUUCUUUGCGGCCUGGAGGUCAAGCGACGAUCGAGGCUUCUUGGCAGGUUCG